AUGUCUACCAUCAAGUAUCGCGCUGCUUGCGAUCACUGUUCGGCAACAAAGAUAAAAUGCACACAGGAGCGACCCCAAUGUGCCAGAUGCCGUGCUCUCGGCAGAGACUGCCACUAUAGCAGAUCUCUCAGAGCGGGCAAGCCGCCACGAUCUAGCCAGGGACUGAACCGCAAGAUCUCCAAUGCGCCGGUACUCCCACGACAUAACACACCUGCCUCGGCUCCUGCAGCAACGUCCAAGCCGGAACUUUGGCCUACCAUGUCCACACCGUACCCGACACCGCCAGCUGUCGCGCCAACGGCAGAGAUGUUCCACUUCCCGGACCCAUCAUCUGCGGCAACCAGCUCAUCGUCGUCCCCGUCUGGUAGUGACUGGUUCUUCGACUUCAAUGAUGGCUCGGCCGACGGUCUAGGUGAUCUCACGCCACCAUUGGAAGUCCCUGAGUCGCACCUUCCUCCCAAGCACCAUGAUAUCAAACAUCCCGCUUUUCCUCCACAUAGCAUCGACUUUGGAGCAUUCGAAGAUCUGAUCAACAUACCGCCUGCAACUCCACUACUAGCCAACACUAGUCCCGCAGCCGGAGACAGAUGUGCCAAGCUCGCCAUUGAGACGCUAAACAGCUUGUACGACAUGCCUGCAACGCACCUUGACAGCUCUGGCAACCGCCACCCAUCAGUGGACCAGACUUUAAACACAUGUGCUAGAGCAGUUCGGGCCGUCCAUGAGCUCGUGAACUGCUCAUGCCAAAAGGACUUCUACCUUCCGAUGCUCAUCACUGUCGCUACUUCAAAGAUCAUCGCAUGGUACCAAGCUGUCGCCUACAUGCGAGAUCCGGGCACCGAGCUUCCCGAUGGAAAGCAAUGUGUGAGGGAAGUCGUUGUUGAAGGACCACUCAACAUCGGCGCUUACCAACUCGACGACAAGGUGGGCUGGACUCUCAAGAAUCAGAUCGUGUUGGGUCAGCUACAGAGGCUCAGCGAGGCCGUCAGCAUCUACGACAGGAGGUAUUGCAGUGAUAGCUUGGGAGGACCCAUGACGGAAGGUGAAAGAUUAUACUCCAGUAUCGUUGGCUUCGUCAAGUCGCGGUUACAGUUCACGAUCCAGGAACUGGAGGGAAGGAUCCGGAGUGGGCAUGCGCAAUGA